AUGGCCGAGGAGGAAGUUGAAGUAUUGCGAAGCAUAUAUGGUGAUGAACUUCUAGUCGAGAGGAAUUUUGGAGAAAACACACCAACGAUAAUAUUAAGCAUGAAAAUAAGAUCAAUAACAUCGCAAUCACAGUAUGCAGCAGUUAUUUAUGCCGUUAUCGAGUUGCCAGAACAAUACCCGAAAGUAUCUCCGGAAGUUUGUUUGCGACAGCACCGAGGAAUUGACGAAAGGAAUGCAAAUAUUCUUCAGAAAACUAUCCAAGAGUAUAUUGAAGCCAAUGUUGACAUGCCUAUUCUUUAUGAUAUCUUUCAAAUGAUUCAAAAAUUUGUGGAAACUGGACAAGAUUUUCCGUGCACUGUUUGUCCAGUAUGCUUAGACGGGUUUAGCGCAGAAAAUAACGCCUUUUGUACAUUAAAGUGUGAUCAUCAUAUUCAUCAGAAUUGCUUUAUACGUUACGUGAACUACACAGAAGACGAAAUCAGGAAAGAACUUGGUGAAUGGCCAGAAGAUAUGAAAUCGAAAGUGGAUCAAGUUCUAAAAUGUCCAAUAUGUCGAGCGCCAUUGAAUGAGCAGGAUUUGUCAACAGUUGGUCGGAAAUCGAUCAUUUUGGAUGAAGGAACUGUAGAUAAAGAGAAUUUUGAAUUUAACUGGGAAGAGUGGCGAGCAAAGCUAGAAGAAUUACAGCCAAUUUUUGAACGACAAAAGGCUAAAGGUGGUUUAAUCGAUCCGGAAGAGGAACGAAAGCGUUAUCUAAUCUCUGAUGAUAUUGUAUUUGAAAGACGGCUCGUUGUUGAGUCAUCCCAGCAGAAAGAUCUUGAAGCCAUUAAAUAUGUCAAAAAUUUACCAUCGCAUUCCUCCUAUCAGUUCUUGGAUCGUCAAAAAUGCAAAUCAAAACGUCCAUAUUCGCUAUUUCGACGUCCGAAUUGGAAUGUGGGACUCAAAGGUGGCCCUUCUAAAGAGAGAUUUAAGAAGAAUCGAGAUGAAGAUGAUUACAUUCCCAUAUCAGUAGUUACUUCCGGAGGUAAUCAUCCGGAAGUGUUCGAUGAGUGA